AUGGCCGUGGAGUAUCAUUGUUGCGAACCGGGAUUCUUCAUCCACAUACUGAUAAUCGUACUGUUGGUGGUGUUCGCCGGAUUAAUGUCCGGCCUCACCUUGGGACUCAUGUCUUUAAGUCUCGUUGAUCUUGAAGUUCUAGCCAAGUCCGGUACUCCUCGCGAUCGUAAACAUGCCGAGAAGAUAUUGCCUGUUGUGAGAAAUCAGCAUUUGUUGCUUUGUACUUUACUAAUUUGCAAUGCUGCCGCCAUGGAGGCACUUCCAAUUUUUCUUGAUAGUCUUGUUACAGCUUGGGGUGCCAUCCUUAUUUCGGUCACAUUGAUUCUUCUUUUUGGUGAGAUUAUACCCCAAUCAGUUUGUUCUCGAUAUGGUUUAGCUAUUGGUGCAUCAGUGACUCCCUUUGUUCGUGUGCUUGUAUGGAUAUGUUACCCAGUUUCUUGUCCAAUUAGCAAGUUGUUGGACUAUUUGCUGGGUCAUCGACACGAAGCUCUUUUCCGCAGAGCCGAGUUGAAAACGCUCGUAGAUUUGCAUGGUAAUGAGGCUGGAAAAGGUGGGGAACUUACUCAUGAUGAAACAACAAUAAUUGCUGGUGCACUUGAACUUAGUGAGAAGACAGCCAGUGAUGCCAUGACUCGUAUAUCUGAAACAUUUGCCAUUGAUAUUAAUUCGAAGCUUGAUAGGGGGCUGAUGAAUGAAAUAUUGGGGAAAGGGCAUAGCAGAGUCCCAGUCUAUUAUGAGCAGCCAACAAACAUUAUUGGACUUAUACUGAUCAAGAAUUUAUUGACAAUUCAUCCAGAAGAUGAAGAACCUGUGAAGAGUGUAACCAUACGGAGAAUUCCAAGGGUUCCAGAAAGUAUACCACUUUAUGACAUUUUGAAUGAGUUUCAGAAGGGCCAUAGUCACAUGGCCGUUGUUGUAAGACAGUGUGACAAGAACAAGCAACCAUCUUCCCAAAAUAAUGCAAAUGAUUCGGUGAGAGAAGUGAAGGUAGAUAUUGAUGGCGAAAAGCCUCCCCAAGAGAAAGUCUUGAAACCCAAGAUACCAAUCCAAAAGUGGAAAAGCUUUCCACAUUCAAACAGGUCAAAUAGGGGCAGUUCUCGGGGCAGAAAAUGGACAAAAAACAUGUACUCAGAUAUUUUAGAGAUAGAUGGUAGUCCCCUUCCAAAUAUUCCUGAAGAAGAAGAAGUUGUUGGAAUAAUUACAAUGGAAGAUGUCAUUGAAGAACUUUUACAGGAGGAAAUCUUUGAUGAGACGGAUCAUCAUUUUGAAGACUCAUAA